AUGUCGGGAGGACAAGACCCACUAGCCUACGGUCGCUAUAACGACGGCCGCGACGACGAGACAGACGGUCAACGUGGAGGAGGAGAUCGAGGACUCAGCGACACAGCGCGUGGGUUUCUCUCGGAUGGGCUGAAGAAGCUCAAAGACCAAUACGGGACAAGUCCUGGACAAGCACAGGGACAGGGACAGAGCUAUUACUCUGGGUCGGCUACGGCACCGCCGCAGCCGUACCAGAGUGGAAGCUACAGCCAACAACCGCCUCCUUCCAACAGACCGCCCAAGCAGGACAAACUCUCCAGCUUCCUCAACAAAUUCGAAGAGACUGUGUCUGGCGUAGGCUCACAGCUGGCCCAGAAGAUUGGAACUACCAUCGAUGCCGACGCUUAUGCAGGCUACGGAUCCAGCAGUACCGGUAAUGCCAACUCUAGAAAUCGCUUCGGUAGCUUUGCGCCGACGCGAGAGGCCAACGACGUCAAAUGGCAUGUCGAUGGCUUCACUUAUUUCUGGGCAGUGUCCAGGGCCCUCGAGAGUGCGAGGGAGUCGAUCUGGAUUCUAGACUGGUGGCUCUCACCAGAGUUAUAUCUGCGACGUCCUCCGGCCAAGAACGAACAGUAUCGUCUCGACCGCAUGCUGCAAGCGGCUGCCCAACGUGGCGUCCGAGUGAACAUCAUCGUCUACAAGGAGGUGGAGGCGGCUCUAACUUUGAGUUCUGCACAUACAAAACAUACACUAGAAGCCCUUCAUCCCAAUAUCGCCGUAUUCCGUCACCCGGACCAUAUUCCAGAUGUCGCCGACAUCAAGAAUUCCCUGACGACAUCGUUUCAAAACUUGUCUCUCGAUGCUGCAGUAAUCAACAAGCUACCCGGUGAAUCACUCAAGGCACUCUACGGUAGCGUGGGUGACACUGUUCUGUACUGGGCUCACCAUGAGAAGCUAUGCCUGAUUGACGGUAGAAUUGCUUUCAUGGGCGGGCUUGACCUAUGCUUCGGACGAUGGGACACGAACCAGCAUUCCAUUGCCGACGUGCACCCCAGCGAUUUGUCGCAAAUUGUCUUCCCCGGUCAAGACUACAAUAACGCUCGUGUACUCGACUUCCAAAAGGUUUCUAACUGGCAAGAAAACCAACUUGACAGGAAACAGACCGGACGCAUGGGAUGGUCCGAUAUUUCCAUCAGUCUACGUGGCCCUGUUGUAGAAGAUCUCAAAAGACAUUUUGUAGAACGUUGGAACUACAUUUAUACCAGCAAAUACCGCGACCGCAACCAGCAAAAGUACCAGAGACUUGAUUUGUAUCGGAGGCCAGGAGGCAGCCAACUGCAGGGUAACUCCAUUCCUGCCUCGCAAACACCACAACCAUCUCAACACGGAGUCUCUCAACCAGUACCGCCAAACCAAGGUCAACUGAAUUCCGAACCUCACUGGCAACAGACACAUACACAGCCACCCGCACAGCAGCCAGGGCAGUCGUACUACCCACCAACAUCUGCACAACAGUACUUCCCGCCAACCUCUCCCAAUCAAGGACAACAGCUACCGCCACCACCACCGCCGCCAAGUACUCAACAGCAGCAACCGCAAUGGCAGGGCCAGUCGCAAACUGGCAGUCAAUCAUACUACCCGCCGCCGCCACCAAGUCAAGAACAUCAGCAGCAGUCUCCUUAUACCGGCCACUCGAGCACAGGGAAUACUCUAUCGCCCGGACAAUACUAUCCACCCCCUCCCCCAGGCCCAGCCCCGUCACAAAGCGGCAACACUAUUCCUGGCCAGUAUCAAAAUCCUCCUUACGCGUCUUCUCCCUCAGGCUAUGAUUCUGCACAGUAUAGCUCGCACUCAUCGACCCCAGCACAAGCUCCCUACUUUCCCCCUCCACCAGGACAAGAGUCACAACAAUCACAAACGCAGACACGGGAUCUUUACGAGGAUGGAACACGAGGAAUCGACGGUGGCCAACCCGGCUAUAGUGGCUCAGGUCGAUCUACCACUGAGAAUGUUUUAAGCGAUGUUCGUGGCUUUGGUCAUUCACUUCGUGGACAGUUGGCUGGGCAAGUUCAUCAGUACCAGGACCGUUAUAUCACCAACUUUGGACGCACCUACGGCAAUCAGUCGUGCCAGGUGGUGCGAAGUGUUUCUCAGUGGAGUGGUGGUAUACCGACGGAGCAUUCAGUUCAGGACGCGUAUAUUGGUGCUAUUCGCAACAGUCGUCACUUUGUGUACAUUGAGAAUCAGUUCUUCAUCACAGCCACAGGCGACCGUCAGAAGCCCGUUCAGAAUAAGAUCGGCGCUGCUCUUGUAGAGCGCAUUCUUCGAGCCGCUCGUGCUGGUGAGAAGUACAAGGUCAUUGUGGUCAUGCCAUCUGUCCCGGCAUUUGCGGGCGAUUUGAGAGACGACUCGUCGCUAGGCACACGUGCUAUUAUGGAAUUUCAAUACAACUCCAUUAACAGAGGAGGAAAUAGUAUCAUGGAAUUGAUCGCCAAGGAAGGAUUUAACCCGGUGGAAUACAUCCGAUUCUACAACCUCCGCAACUACGAUCGGAUCAACACCAACAGCACCAUGCUCCAGGCGGAGAAAGCCAGCGGUGUGAACUACGAGGACGCACGUAAAUACCAUGAUGCUGCCGAAGUGGGAUACAGUAGCUAUGGCUCUGGUGCUCCUGCUAAAGGAUAUGACACUACUCAAUCGUAUGAUCGGUAUCAGCAGGCAGCAAAGACCUAUCCUUCUGCAACUUCUGGCCGGUGGGACUCGGUUAGUGAAUGUUACAUGCUAGGUGGUCAGGAUAUCCGCACUGUUCCGUGGGAUAGUGAUCUUCCAGAAAUUGACGCAUUCAUUACCGAGGAGCUGUACAUUCAUAGCAAGGUUUUAAUUGCCGAUGAUCGUAUAGUAAUUUGCGGGUCUGCAAACUUGAAUGACCGCUCCCAGCUUGGAACACAUGAUUCUGAAAUUGCCCUGGUCAUUGAAGAUCCCACGCCACUUGAAUCCAGCAUGGAUGGCCAGCCAUUCCAGGCAAGUCGCUUUGCCGCCUCGCUUCGACGCGAGUUAUUUCGCAAACACCUGGGCCUGCUCAAGUCACAGGACUAUUCACAGCCUAAUGCCAACUGCGAGCCAGUCGGAGUCCCCAACGAGCUUGAUCUAAGUAUCCCAGAAAGCCAGGUCGUUGCUGAUCCUCUGUCCGACACGUUCCAGAGUCUAUGGAACUCAAGAGCUCGGACGAACACCGAGGUUUUCCGCAAAGUAUUCAAUAUUGUGCCAGAUGACUAUGUUCGUAAUUGGGAUGCCUACAAAGAGUUCUUUGAGUACAAUUUCCGCAAGGCGGAUAUUCAAGCUGAGGGCAAGCGAAUUACGCGACCCAGCAAGUACGAAUGGGGCCAUGUUGUCCGGGAUAAUUUUGCACCAGGGCCUGAGGGGGCGCAACAGGUCAAAGAACAGUUGAGUCAAGUCAAGGGUACAUUGGUCGAGAUGCCGUUGAUGUUUUUGAUCGAGGAGGACAUUGCCAAGGAGGGGUUGACUUUGAACGCGUUGACUGAGGAGGUCUACACAUAG